AUGUCAGAGAACGGUCCAAAGUUGAGAGACGCUGCCAAGUCAGGUGAUGAGGAGGCUGUCAGGAGAUUGUCAAAGGAGGGUCCAUCAGUUGUAAACUACAAGGACAGAACUGGAUAUACCCCACUUCAUAUGGCUGCAAUGUUUGGUCACAAGAACAUCUGUCAGAUACUGUUGGAGAAUGGCGCAGAUAAAACGAUUCCAUCGAUCGAUGGUGAGACUGCUGCUGACGUUGCCAAGGGCAUCACAAUUGGCAACUACAUCAAAGACUUUAAACUAUAG